AUGGAAGAAAUUCCAGAGGAGAGUGACCUAGUUCAAAGUGGAAAUAACUCUAUCGAGGUAGAGAUUGUCAGCGAUGAAGAAUUUCAAAUUCUGGAUGAAGCUCUUCAGAACGCCAUGAUGCAGAUUGCUCAGGAAGGUAAGCAAAACCAUUUUAACUUCAUAGAAUAGCGCCAAAAUCUCGUAUAGUUAAUGGCCUUUUUCUUUUUUACACUUGCUCAGGUUUUGUUCUUUCUAACGGUCCCGUUUCUCUUCUUAGGCCACUAUAUUUCUGAAGAGGUUUAGUAGAAGGGAGGCUCUAGUCAGAAAGGUCGACUAUACAGCUUGCAGAGUAAUUCUGAAAGUCUUCCGGGAGAUGUUUACUCGCCUGUUUAUUUUCAAUCGUUGUCACAAACUAUCAUACAUUUGUUAACCUUUUCACUCCCACGAGUGACAAAGAUUUAAUUUCUUCUUGCAUCGUUAAUACAAUGUCAAGCAGAUAGGUUAUGAGAAUGUAGAAUAAGUCAACUCAUGGACUUUGAUUUAACCCCAAAUUCUCAGAAAAGUACACAAUAAGGAGGACCACUUUUGAGAUAUUUCAAACGAAAGAGGUUUGGGAAUGCAUAGAGAUAAAAAAUUCAUGAAUAAUAGUCAAAAUAAUAUUUUCACAGGUUUCUUAUUUCAUUUUAUUACAUCUAGAGACCAAAAGCAUUGAACACAGAGAGGACAUCGAUUGCUCUUCGAUUAAGGAGGCUUUAACUCCUCUUGAAAAGUUCAAAGGUGGUCGUGGUUACUUAAGUGUGAGUGAUUUAACUGCUCAAUUUUGGUGUGAGCAGCAAAUGGAGUAUGCCUUCACAGCUCCAGAACUUAAACAAGAAUCUGAGCCAAUGAGGAUGGGAAAACUCAUUCAUCUUGAAAGAGGUACUGUGUAGCCUUGCAAUAGGAUAGAGAUGAAGAGGUUGGGUGGCCAUAACCCUUUAACCCCUAAGGGUAACUGGCAUCUAAUUUCUCCUCACCAUAUCACUUCUGAAUCAAACAUUAAAGUUAGGAGAGUAAAAGAUCUGAUCAUCAACUAAAGAACCUCUUGAUUGUUAAACAAAUUCUCCUUGUUAGCACCUUGGGAAUCGUAUAGAGAACACUAUGGAGAAUAUGCACACUGAUGUCAGGGUGUAAAGGGUUCAUCAUAGCCAAGGGGUGUGGAGGGGGGUGAAUGGUGUACAUGAUUUAGGGUGGAAUGGGGCAGGGAUUACCCUUCUAACAAAGAAAUGAUUACUUCAAGUUACUGAGUAAAAAUGAAAACAAUCAUAAAAAAAGUUUCUGAUAUUAAGAAAGUGCAUUCCAAUUUGCAUUAAGCCUGGAAAUGGUAGAAUCCUAACACCUGUUGCUAUCUGAUACCCAAUCCUGCUGAGACAGGUCUUGCAAAAGAGUAAACAUUGACUAAUUAUUUAAUUGCCUUAAAACUUUUUAUCACACAGAACAGGAAUUAUAUGACCUUGUGGAGAUCAAAGUAGAGUCUAAAGAGGACAAGUGGGCAACCAAAUUUUUGGACUGUCUUUGUAAAAUUGCUUUGCUUGAGGCAAAGCAAACAGUGAGAGAACUUCCAGUUUUUGGGUGGCCUUUUAACAUGGGAGUGUUUGUUUAUGGAAUUAUUGAUGAAGUACACUUCAAUGAGAUGGGGCAGUUAGAACUGUUAGAGUUGAAAACAAGGACAAGGAAAAGCUUACCAUCCAAGGCACAACAAAGACAGGCGUCCUUGCAAGCAAUGAUCUACAGCAUUAUGUUUAAUGACUUGCUCUUAGGAAAGGCUGACCCUUCAGUGCUUUUAUCACAACUUCAAUUAAAUGGAGAUGCCAUCCUUUCAAAAGAUGUUUCACAAUAUGCUAGAGACUGUGGAGUUCAGUGUGACAGACUCAUUCAAAUUACCAAUCUUCUAAUAAGAAGAUUCCAACAGUCUGACAUACCAAAGUUAAAUUCAAUAGCAGUAGAGUAUUGCAUGCAAGAAACCUGUCAAGUGAUUGGUAGAACUAGCAUGGAUUUGGACAAAGAAUGGACACAGUCACAGCUUAUUAAAAUGCUACCAUACUGGAGAGGAGAAAGGGAAACUGUUGGUGUGGAAAUAGAAGAAGCCUGGAAAUGCAGUAGAUGUGACUUUGCAGACAUUUGCGAGUGGAGAGUAAAAAAAGACAAAGAGUACAGAACAAAAUCAGAUGCUAGGAAGCUCUGA